AUGGAUGCCUUCGUGCGCAGGGGAGCAGCCUCGUCCACGUCUCGAGCACCACUGGCUGACAUCUCAAACUCCGGGGACAUGCCUGGGCGCCCUUCAAAAAGGAUGAAACUUGAGGUCCCCAGACUUGGCCGCAGCGACUCUGACGAACCUGACGAACCUGGGCAGUCAUCCCACGCCUCAAAAUCUCGUCCUGUCAACAAGCCAGUCAAGGAGGCACCUCCGCUGCACACAAGGGAUGUCAUACCUGAUUCUGAGGACGAGGACGAGGACGAGGACGAGGUAGAUCGGGAUACUUCAUCCCACCACCACCAUGGAACUGCCCUUGAGAACGCCCUCCCCCAGAUAAAGGCCGAUGCAGACGCAAUCGAGGAGUAUGAGGCCAUGAGAGCCUCCCAAAUCAGUGCUGAGGACACUGUAGAGGCCCGGCCCGAGUCUGCUGUCGACCGGAGAAAAUGGAUCAGGGGCAAGAGCUCCAUAUACGUCGAUGCCUUCAACCUCGCUCUGGAUACGGUGCUCGAGGACGAGGCCCAUUUGUUCGACGAAAAGGAGAUGGCUGUUUUUGACCAGUGGCGCGAUCUGGACUAUGAGGCCCAGUACCUAUACGUCCGUCUGUUUCUGCGCAAAGUUGCUGCAUGGCAUCGACGUGAUAAGCUUGGCUACCACAGCGACAUUUCAGAUCCCGAUGCCGCCAUCGCGACGCUGCAGCGGUAUCGCACUCUGCCGAAUGGUGAAGAGGGCACUUGCACAACUCCUGAUGCCACAGACCGUCAUGACGGCGAGGCCGCCGGCAUUGCCCUGCAGGACUGGUCCCUCGGCGACAGCUUCACCUUUGCUGACUCUUCCGACGAACAUAUCACUUCUGUUGACGAAGCUGCUGCCCUGCUUAGUUUGGAUGAGCUGAAGGGUCUAGCAAAGGAGGCCAAGGUCCAAGGCAAAAACAAGAGUGACAUCUUGAAGAAAUUGUUGCGGAUGAGCUCGCAGCAAAGCAGCCUGUUGGCGGUGGGGCUACGUCGGGAGAGCACAACUGGCUCGACGGACUCGGCUGGCCUUGAGACUGGCAGCGAAACUCCAGACCCGGGCCCAAAACAGGAGUCAAAUCGGAAUCGACAUUUCCUGGCCAAGAUAUCGGCCAUUACAGGCCCGUGUGUCAGGAUAUCGCCCUCGGUUUUCAAACUUUUUGAACGGGUACAUCUUGUCUUCUAUCGGUCGACAGAGUGGACGGAGAAGUCUCUAACAACCAUCAUCCUGGCCAAGAUUUCGAGGCGAAACUUUCCACAAUACAUUGUCGACCGGACUUCCAACAUUUUCCCGGACCGCCACAGUCUAUUGGAGUUUGAGCAGGCCAUGCGAUUGGAAUUCGAGGUCGAUCGCAUCCUCGAAUUCAACGGACCUCCUGGUGAGGAUGGCCACCGGCGCGUGCUCGAGAUAUUUGAUAGCAUCGCUGCUCGCUGGCGAGGACUUGUAAAGGACGAAGAACGGAAGGAGAAUCAAGUUUAUGAGUUCGGCGAAGGCGCAUACCUUCGCCGACUCAAUGCCGCACAUGCAUACACCAGAAUCGCACACAAAACGGCUUACGUCUAUGGCCGGCUGCACGAGUAUUUAGAAGAACACGCGCUUCUCACCGAGCUCCUCGACCAGCACUUCUUCCAGAUGGCCCGCCGUGGAUCGUGGUACCAGCGCAAAGCACUACUCGAAGAACACUACAUGUGGGAAGAAAAGCCUGCCCCCCACAUCGCCGACCAAGAACAGCAGAAGAAACACUGGCGUAACAUAGCUAUCGCUACCUGCGAGGCUGCCCUAGAGGACCGCGACUGCCAUCUCAUCUACCAUUUUGAUCUACAGAAGCGCCUGAUAAAACUGGAAAAGCGCAACCGCAUCCCCAAACGCCUUCAGCAUGACUUUGGACACGUCCGCCUGCACAACCCGGAAGAACACAACGUCCCAGGGACACAGAUCAAGCGACACGACCCUACAGCUGGUAAGCGUGGUGGAAACAGCACCAAGACAGUAUGGGUGGACGAAGCUGAAGGUGGGGGCGAAUGCAGUGUCGAGGAGAUGUGUCUGUCUCACUAUCGCACCGAGGGCUGGAAGGGCUACCAUUCUGAGGGUGGUAUUUUGAGGACUUUGUUCGCGUAUCUGUUCUACGAUAUCCUGUUUCUCUACAUACCCAACGUGUUCCAGACAGCGUACCAGACGUGCCCGCUGGACCUGCAUACUGACGCCUUCUACCCAACUCGAGCAUCCGAAAUCAACCAUCGCCUCGCAGAGAUCUCAAACGGUGGCGCCCCGCGCAUAAUCCGGCAGGUUGACAGCCAACACCGCGAGAGGAGAACGUGCGUCGUGGGGCUGAAUUGGGACUACCAGCUGGAGGACCUGGUUGAACUAGCGGGCUGCUUUCGAGGUGAGGCGCUUGCUGCCGUGAGCAAGGUGAUGGCGCAAGAGUACCGGCAAAGGGGCGGCGGGGUCCCUGAUCUCGUGCUCUGGAGAACGGAGCCAAAACGCGAAUGCAUGUUUGCCGAGGUCAAGAGCGCCAAUGACCGGUUGAGCGACACCCAGCGGUUGUGGAUUCAUGUUCUAACAGGAGCUGGGCACCAAAUUAACAUCGAUUACUGCGCUGUCAGCCCCCUUCUGUCGGCCCAAGUCUCCUUACAUGACACGGAAUGGCAAUGCUCUCCCAGCAGACAAAACAACGUAACGGCGCAGCAUUCCUCCAAGGCUGAGGUGCCUCAAGAUGAAGUGGACACCUCGGGCGGGUGGACAGGCCCGCAUGCCUGCGCUGGAGCCUAUUGCGUCUACGCACAUCCAAGGUUCGCCGCAGGCCGUGGUAUCGCGCUGAUCACCACCCCGGAGUCCGCCCAGGUGCUCGCCAACCUGCCCGUGUUCUCUGAGCUGGCAGCCGCAGCCUCGGCCAUUCCCUUCAUCAAAUCUGCAAACAUCAACGCCCGCAGCCCAGCAACAGAGGUGCGCAAUAUCCCGGGCAAGGGCAGGGGCCUGGCGGCGUCACAUCCCAUGCACCGCGGGGCCCAGGUAAUGUCGUACACGCCCGCGUUGGUCCUCCACCGCAACCUCGUCGACGACCUGGGCCGUGCAGACCAGCUGCGGCUCCUCCGCGAUGCGGUGGGCCGUCUCCCCGGGGCGACGACGCGGGCCGCGUUCUGGAAGCAGCUAGGGCAGACGCAUGCGGAGGGCGACGACGACAUCCUCGACAUCGUCAUGAACAACUCGUUCAACCUGCCACUCCUGCCGGGGACGGGGCUGGGCCCGUUCAUCGGCAACUUUCCCGAGGUCUCAAUGUACAACCAUGACUGCCGGCCCAACGUCGCGUUCCACCUCGACCACGGUAUCAUCCACCGCACGACAGUGGCCGCCGCCGCCGGCGUACCCUCCGGCGAGGAGCUCAGCAUCUCGUACGUGGACGGCUUCCGCGUGCGGGCUGUGAGGCAGGGGCGUACGAUGCGCAACUGGGGUUUCGGGUGCGCCUGUGCCCAGUGCAGCCUCCCCGAGGCCCUGGCAAAUGCCAGUGACCACCGGCUGUGGCGGCUGUACGAGGUGGAGAACUCGCUGCUUCUGAGUCCCGGUGAGCCGGUGAGCACGAAGGAGGGCGGCGGAUGGAGGAAGGCCGGACGAGACAAGGCCGCAUAUGAGACCCGCACCUUGGACGCGGUGGCGCUGUUGCUUUCCAUUUACGAGCAGGAAAGGCUUCUCGAGCCAAACGGGUCUUCGGCGUACCGGCUAGCAGCGCUGAAUUACAAUGCGUUCCGGAGGCCCGAGGGCGCGGUCAAAUAUGCAUUGCUGGCGUUGGAGCAGUUCGUUGUGGAGGAGGGUGCGAAUUCCGCUGGUGUGAGGGAGAUGGUAGCUCUCCUGGAUGAUCCCGAGGCGCACUGGAGCUGGGGCAAAAGAUUAUAG